ACCACUAGCAUGUCCCCCGGGGCCCUCCGUCUGCCUGAGAGCCUGCCCCUCCUGCUGCUCAGUACAGCUGUGGCUCACUCCCAGACCCUGGGCAGCUGGGACCAGAGACCUGCUGCAGAGCUGGGAGAGGUGGACCACAGACUCUCCUGCUCCAUCUCUGAGGGUGCUGAGGAGACACGACAUGGACGUGCCACCUGGGGCUCUGGCUCUGCUCCUGCCCCUGGUGCUGGCGGUGCUGAGCCUGUCGCCUGAGCCCACCUCAGGAGGCUGCCCCCCGGCCUGCCGCUGCUCCUUCGCCAUGCUGCAGUGCCUGGAGCCCGACGGGAUCAGCAGCAUCCCCCCUCUGGUCCCCCAGGAGAGCGAGAACGUGACGGAGAUCUACAUUGAAAACCAGGCAGGACUGGAGAAUCUAACAGAGACUGACCUUGUUUACUACAGAGAGCUGAAGAACCUCACCGUCACCUCCUGUAAGCUGAGGUUCAUCUCUGCCAGCGCUUUCCAGAACAACCUGAAGCUGCAGUAUGUGAACUUUGCAUCAAAUUUUCUGGAGCACAUCAGCUGGAGAGUGUUUCACUUUUUACCACUUCUGAACUUGGUUUUAAAGGACAACCCUCUGGUUUGCUCCUGUGAGCUUUUCUGGAUGCAGCAGUGGCAAACAGACGACCGCGGUGAUCUGUACAGUCAAAUGCUGCUCUGCCUGUCAGACGGAGAGGAGAUCCCUCUCAACGCUCUGGUGAUCGAGAACUGCACUCUGCCUGAGGUCAGGAUUGUGCCCUCCCAGUUUAAGACUCAAGAAGGAGGCAACCUAACGUUUGAGUGUCAGGUGACAGGAAGUCCUACACCUGAGGUGAGAUGGCGAACUGAAGAGCUUUCCUCUCACUUCUUUGUUCAGGAGAGGGUCUCUGGCUCCACACUGAACCUGCUCCUUCACCUCACCAACGUUUCCUACAAGGACAACCUGCACAACCUGACUUGUGAGGCAGAGAACCAAGCUGGGCCCAAGGAGGGGAUGGUGCAAUUGGACAUUGAGUUCCCUGCCAAGAUCAUUUUCCUGAGAGAUGCUGUGCCACAGCACCACUGGUGUUUCCCCUUCGCUGUGGAUGGAAACCCUGAGCCCAGCAUCACUUGGCUCCACAAUGGGGAGAUAUUCAAGGAAAGCAUAUACGCCUACAUGCAGUUCAUCCCCGACUCGAGCGACGGCUCAGUAAAACAUGGCUGCCUCUUCCUGAACAAGCCGACCCAUAUCAACAACGGCAAUUAUUCAUUAAUCGUGGAGAACAAACUUGGACGGGACAAGGCCACAGCAGUUGGAAUGUUCAUGGUCAACCCUUUUCUGGACAAUCCUGAAGGGAUCAUUCCAGUCCCUGAUUGGGAACCAAGUCCUGCUAACAAAGCAGAUAUGGAUGUGACGGAGAACCCUGAGAGUCGCGUGUUUGUGGUGUCUGUGGCCGUGGGCCUCGCAGUGUUCGCCUGCACCUUCCUGCUCAUCAUGAUUCUGGUGGUCAACAGGUGUGGCCAGCAGUCCAAGUUUGGGAUUCACCGCUCAUCAGUUCUGGGGACUGAAGACGACCUGGCCGUGUCACUUCGGUUCAUGAACUUCGGAACCAGCCCGCCUUCCUCAGACGAAGACUCUGGUUUGUCGAGUUUUGUGGAGAACCCACAGUACUUCUGUGGCAUCAUCAAGGACAAAGACAUGUGUGUUCAGCACAUUAAACAGAAGGACAUCGUGUUGAAGUGGGAGCUCGGUGAAGGAGCGUUCGGUAAGGUCUACCUGGCAGAGUGCGCCAACCUCGGCCCAGACAGCGACAAGAUGCUGGUGGCCAUCAAGACUCUGAAGGAUGCAAACGAGUCGACCCGGCAGGACUUCCAGAGGGAGGCCGAGCUGCUGACGGUGCUGCAGCACCAACACAUUGUGCGUUUCUACGGCGUCUGCACAGACGGAGAGCCUCUGGCCAUGGUGUUCGAGUACAUGAGGCAUGGAGACCUCAAUCGUUUCCUUCGAGCUCACGGACCUGACGCUCGAAUCCUGGAGGAAUCAAAGAUGCCUCCGCUGGGUCAGCUGACCCUGCCUCAGAUGCUGCACAUCGCCGCUCAGAUUGCCUCAGGGAUGGUUUACCUGGCGUCUCUGCACUUCGUCCACCGUGACCUGGCAACCCGCAACUGCCUGGUGGGGGAGGGUCUGGUGGUGAAAAUAGGAGACUUCGGCAUGUCCCGAGAUAUUUACAGCACCGAUUACUAUCGGGUGGGCGGGAGAACGAUGUUGCCAAUCCGCUGGAUGCCCCCAGAGAGCAUCAUGUACAGGAAGUUCACAACAGAAAGCGACAUCUGGAGCUUUGGUGUGGUUCUCUGGGAAAUCUUCACCUACGGGAAACAACCGUGGUAUCAGCUGUCCAACAGCGAGGCCAUUGAAUGCAUCACGCAGGGGCGGGAACUGGAGAGGCCCCGCACCUGCCCCAAGGAGGUGUACCAGCUGAUGCAGGGCUGCUGGCAGAGGGAGCCCCAGCAGAGGAUGGUCAUCAAGGACAUCCACAGCCGCCUGCUGGAGCUGGUCAAGAACCCGCCGGUUUAUCUGGACAUCCUGGGCUAACCGGGUCGUUCCAGUCCACUCCUGAACAAGCUGCCUUUUUCAUUUUCAAAUCUGAUUUUUGUGGCUGAGCUGGGAUCUGUUUGUCAUCCAGCGAGCUCUUUUUUAUUUUUACUUUUCAUCGUUGCCGUUUGUUGAACAGAACCAGUCUGAAGUGACCUUUCUGCCUUCAUUUUGUCCCAUUCCAGCUCCAGAGUCCCGUUUACUGCCCCACCCCCCCCCAUCAUUCUCUGGAACAAAUGUCAAAUGUUUACCAAAGUGUUUAAAGUUGAUCUUAUGUGGGAGCAUGGAGGGACGUGCAUGGGUGUGUUUAACUUCAUAACGUAGCAGGAGCCAGGGUCCGAUCAUGUCUCAACAUGAUGGAUCAUUAACAGGAGGUCCGGCUGCUGCUCGGCGUUUUACCACCGCUCGGUGCAGAAAAACUGACCUGGGUUGGUUUUCACCAGGGAGGCUUUUAGGAAAUGUAAAUAAGAUAAUCACAAUAAAAGCUUGUUUUUCCACCAGUCAAAA